UUUCCCUUCUCUCUCUUCAAUAAACGGCGAAGAUUCGAUCAGAGUAGCCGGGGACGACUAACUGCAACGUAACAACUAUAAUAUCUUCCGAUUCCUAAUCAUCAAUGGCGGAGUAGUCCAACCGUUUCAUCCCCAAAUUUAUCUUCCAUACGUGUUGUCUGGAUUUCGAUCUUCCGGUCAAAGUCUAGUCAGAUUCAGUCCUCGAAAUUCAUCUUUUGCGUAUCACCUCGCAUCGGAACCCUAGCAGAUUGCUUUGUCAGUGCUGGAGUGUACUCAGGCAUCAGCUUCUAGUGGGAGAUUGCAUCUAGUCUUCGACUAUUUUGGUACUCCACUGCAUUUCGGGAUUGUACUCAGGUCGAAUAUUAGAUUAUCUCUGUGAGCAGUCUCACUGAAUAUAUUGGCCAACGUUCGUCUGUCUUAUUUUCACGGACAUUUUCAAGUUUUGUUCAGAACCGUUGACGGUAAUAUUGUGUUUGAAGGUGGUCAAGGCAAGUCAUUACAAUCAAGGUUGUUGGGUUAUAAAACUUGUCAAUCUGAGAGAUAAAAGUCGACCAAUUAUAUCUAGUGCAUUUUAGGAAUUUAUUCCUGUUGAAGUUAUUGGUAGGGGAAGUUCAUCUCAUGAGGUAGCUGGAGCUAUAAAAUAUCUCGUGGAUCACAAGCAAAAUGUUAUAUAAUUGGAAGAAGCCUCACAUUCUUUUCUCUACAGUGCUUGAUGGUUUUUAUAUUGCAAUAUAACUAGCAAUGAUGGAACAGCUAUCGGAGAAAAAGUUCCCUGUCAACGCAAAAGAUUAUAUACUAUAUGAGGAAGUUGGAGAUGGUGUCAGUGCAACUGUGUAUCGGGCUCUGUGCAUUCCUCUUAAUGAAAUUGUUGCAAUCAAGGUUCUAGAUUUGGAGAAGUGCAACAAUGAUCUGGAUGGAAUCCGGAGAGAGGUGCAGACCAUGAUCUUGAUUGAUCAUCCAAAUGUAUUGCGUGCACACUGCUCAUUCACUGCAGGUCACAGCCUUUGGGUUGUCAUGCCAUUCAUGGCUGGAGGAUCUUGCCUUCAUAUCAUGAAAUCUUCUUAUCCUGAUGGUUUUGAAGAGCCUGUAAUUGCUACAUUAUUGCGCGAGGUCCUCAAAGCCCUUGUAUAUCUUCAUUACCAUGGACACAUCCAUAGAGAUGUAAAGGCUGGGAACAUUUUGAUUGAUUCAAAUGGUGCUAUUAAAUUGGCAGAUUUUGGAGUUGCUGCUUGCAUGUUUGAUACUGGUGAUAGGCAGCGUUCAAGAAAUACUUUUGUUGGAACUCCAUGCUGGAUGGCUCCCGAAGUGAUGCAGCAACUACAUGGAUAUGAUUUUAAAGCAGAUAUAUGGUCAUUUGGAAUAACAGCCCUUGAACUUGCUCAUGGUCAUGCACCAUUCUCCAAGUACCCACCCAUGAAGGUUCUGCUGAUGACCCUACAGAAUGCACCUCCAGGCCUGGACUAUGAACGGGACAAGAGAUUCUCUAAGUCUUUUAAAGAAAUGGUUGCUGCUUGCUUAGUAAAAGAUCCAAAGAAGCGUCCGUCUUCUGAGAAGCUUUUGAAGCACCCUUUCUUUAAACAAGCACGAGGACAUGAUUAUUUGGCACGUACAAUCCUUGAUGGCCUUCCACCUCUAGGUGAUCGUUUUAGGAUGCUUAAGGCUAGAGAAGCAGAUUAUCUUUUACAGAACCAGGCAAUGUAUGAGGACAAGGACCAUUUAUCACAGCAAGAGUAUAUUCGUGGUAUCAGUGCUUGGAAUUUCAAUCUGGAGGAUCUGAAGAACCAAGCUGCUCUUCUUCCAGAUUUUGACGACAUUCCAGAUGCUGAAGAUUCAAGUAACAGGGGGAAGCUAAGGGAGGGGAAUGGUGACGUUGGUUCUGUAGUAGAAAGGCAUAAUCAGUCGAGUGUCCUAUCUCACGAGGAUGAGAUGAAUGGCAAUCAUGAUUUGGAUGGUUCACUUGCUGCAUUUCCUAUUAAGCCUCUUCAAGCACUCAAGGGAUGUUUUGAUAUGUGUGAAGAUGACAUAACUGCUAGUAGUCCAAGUUGGGAAGAUACUAUGCAAUCUGAGUCUAAUCAGCAGAAUGAUAUGCUGUCACUAGCAAAAGUUGAGGACCAAGAUGGUGGAAAAGAUGAUGGUGAGAAUCUGCGACAGAGUAGCUCCUUGCCACGUUCUGUUAUUCCUGGGCAUAAAAAGUUUUUUAGUGGUUCACUGCUACAGGAUAACGCUCUUUCACCCAAAAAAGUUGUUACUGAUGGAGAGAGGGAAUAUCAACAUCCAAAGUACCAGUCUGAGCGAAACUAUAGCGGCCCAUUGCAGUAUCGACAUAAAAAAGAUUUAGGAGAAGAUUCAUCAGAAGGAGCUAUUGUCCAACGCAAGGGACGUUUUCAAGUCACAUCAGCAGAUCUAAGUCCCAAGGAACCUACGAGCUAUUUCCUUAACCCAGUUCAGGGAGGUUCUACUAGUGCAAUUAAUCUAGGUCUAGCAGCUGCUUCACUACUUCCAACAUUGCAAUGCAUUCUACAGCAGAAUACUUUGCAAAGGGAGGAAUUAGUGAAGCUGAUCAAGUUCGCAGAGCGAGGAUCUGCCAACCCAACAGACUUAGCUGAAGCUGGGACCAGUGAUCUCCCGCAGAUGCCUGCUACUUCUGUUAGGGAGAGAGAACUGCAAUCAACGGUCAUUCAAUUGCAACAAAGCAUUGGAAGUCUUGUGGAAGAGUUGCAGAGACAAAAGAUGAAAAAUGUUCAGUUGGAAAAGAAAUUGAAUCGCUGAUAAAAACUAGAGGAUAUGAAGGCUACACCACAUGGUUGGUUAAGUUACUACACAUGCUUGUGCUGGGGCACAUCGUUAAGUUACUUGGCGAGUGGGUUGUUGUAUUUUUUGUGUACCAUAUGUGUGAAUGUAAAGUAGGCACCCAAAUUUUGAGAUGCUAUUCAUUGUCAGAAUCUUGAUUAUCUAUUGUAAUAUACCAAUUGGGUAUUGUAUUUAAGUUGUCCUUCAAUAUUAAUUGAAAUUCUAGGAGCAAAAAAAAUGCAGCUUGUGUAAAUCACCCUUGCGAAACCCAGACCCUUGUUCCGAAAUAAACCUUAUAAUAAACCUCUAAGGAGGAGUUUGGUCCAUUUGAUA